AUGAAAAUGCACGAAGAUAAAGACUUUAUUUUGCUCCAAAGAAAUAGAGGACGUCCAGCUAAUUAUGCUCUUGAAGUCUCUGAUACCGAGGACGCUGAAAAGGAUAUUGCAGUUGGCGAAGAAAAUGCAGCAAAAGAUAUGAAUGAAGGCGAAGAUACAGACGGAACUAUUUUGGGUUUUGCCACCGCCGCUGUUCUCUCCGCAGUCGCGUGCGUUUGUGCCAAGCAAAUACGUCAACGCAACCGCAAACAGAAUCAGCAUGACUCCUCUUUCCCAUUCCAACCGACUCGCCGACCAACAGCUGUGCGCUCACCAAGUGAACAACCACCACACUAUCUCAAAAAAUCACCCUCACCGACAGGCACCAAGCAGUUGGGCAUUUUGCAGCCAAUGCAGGAUCAAACCACGUCACUCAUUGCACAGCAAACUAUGAAAUAUGUUGAGGAAGAUGAGAUACAACCACGCCACAAUCGUCAACUGAUGAACGGCGAACAAAAGCAUUCACCCACUAUCGAGACACAGGCGACCAUUGUGGCCCACACCCAGGGCAACAAUGGUAAUAAUAAUAGUCACAACCACUACCAUCACCAUCAUAUAAGUGCAAUGGAAGAUACUGGCAGAGGCAAAUUGGGCACCAUCUACUUCAAGCUACGCUAUUUGGCCGAACGCAAUGCACUAAUGGUCUCGAUUAUACGUUGCCGCGGCUUGCCUUCUACGAACGGUGAUUGUGGUGGUGGUGGUGGUAGCAGCAACAUCGGCAAUAGCAACAAAAAUUUCUCAAAUGGCUCCAAUGAUAUACCGACUGCUUUGAAUGGUCGUACACAAACCGCCACCGAUCCGUAUGUGAAACUACAACUGUUGCCCGACAAACACCAUAAGGUGAAGACUCGGGUUGUACGCAACACACGCAAUCCAGUCUAUGAUGAGGAUUUCACAUUUUAUGGCUUGAAUAUUAGCGAUCUACAGAACAUGUCCUUGCACUUUGUCAUACUCAGCUUCGAUCGUUAUUCUCGUGAUGAUGUCAUAGGCGAGGUUGUCUGCCCAUUAUCGUCCAUUAAAUUUGGCGACAUAUCUAAAGAAGCUCUCUCCAUCAGCAAGGAAACGCAGCCACUUAGUUUGAAGAUACGGGCUCAAGGACGUGGCGAGCUAUUGAUUUUACUAUGCUGGCAGCCAGCCUCUGGUCGUUUGACUGUUGUGCUGUUAAGGUCGCGUAAUUUGCCGCGCAUGGACGUUACCGGUUUAGCUGAUCCGUACGUAAAGAUCUAUUUACUAUACAAUGGGCAACGCAUUGCGAAGAAGAAGACGCAUGUCAAGAAGCGCACACUGAGUCCAGUAUUUAAUGAAAGUUUCGCGUUCGAUAUACCAGCAGCAGAGGGUACCGGGGCAACGCUCGAUGGUGUCUCACUGGAGUUAAUGCUUUUAGAUUGGGAUCGGGUUACCAAAAACGAGGUAAUUGGCAGAUUGGAACUGGGUGGUCCAAACUCUGGUGGCACUGCAUUGAACCAUUGGAAUGAAGUAUGCAAUUCACCACGAAGACAAAUUGCCGAAUGGCAUAAACUUAACGAGUAAAGGAACAAAAAUAAAAAAUCACAAAAAGUAAAGCAGAAAUGAUAGUUGAAUGUAGAGAGGCGCUUUUCUGCAGGGGAGACAGAUUUUGUACUGAAAAUAUAAAACCUGCACAUUUAUCUGAAAAUACAAAUCGACCCACAACUAAUACAAGUGUAGCAUUGGCACAAAAGCCAACGAACGCACCAAAUCCAACACAAGUGAAAAAUAGUAUUGACAAAAAAUAUAACGGAAACUGCAAAGAAAAAAGUAUUUAUUGCGUAAAAUGCAAUGUUGCAAAUAAUUUGAGAAAUAGUUUAUAAAGCAAAAAAAUGUACUCAACUAUAAUUUUAUUAUAACUAAGACCAGUUAUG